AUGUCUUCCAAUGAGAAGAAACGCCUCCGAGAUCGUCGCUCGCAACAGAAUCUCCGCGAAAAGAAGCUGCGACAUGUAGCCCAACUCGAAAAACAGGUGAUACACUGCGAGCAGCAUCACAGCGACCAAGGCGUGCAGCGCCUUCUCCAAGUAAUCGAAGGGCUCCGCAAGCAAAACGAAACUCUUCUCAAGCGCCAAAAGAGCUUGAAAUCACUCGUCAACUCCUGGGAGACAGAACUGGAUGAGCCAGCUGCCACCGGUGAUUCCAGCCAUGACUUGUCAUCUCUGUAUAAGGAGCUGAGCAACCGAGAAGCCCGAUUCUCCCUUCAAACGGAUUUCAACGAAUCGAUACCCCAGCACGGGAUUAGCAGCCUUCUAAACGCUCCCCUGCCCGCUGUGUCAACAUCACCGCAAAUCCGAUCCCCAUCUCUAGAACCUCUUUCCGCCGAAACCACGCCUCCGUGGAACCAAAUCCCACCACACACUGAUGACUUCAGCACACGCACCAUGAUCUCCUGUCCGUGGUUCAUCUACCCAGAGCUGAUAAUCCCAUGCCCAGAUAUCCCCAGUUCCCCUCUUGACUUUCUGUACGGCACGAAAACAAACCCGCUAGCAGAUAUGAUCCACACGGCCCUGCAACGCCGCCCAGUCCGUGAUCCGGAGCGACUGAGUACUGGCUGGCUGACUUACCACUUCUCGAGAUGGGUCAUUUCCCCCAGCCCGGAGACUUAUGGUCGACUCCCUGUGUUCCUUAGGCCUGUGCAGGGUCAAAUGACCGUUCCGCAUCCGCUCGUUUUAGAUUUCUUGCCGUGGCCAAGGAUAAGGCUGAACCUAAUUCGGCGUUGGCAUCUGUAUAGUAAGGAUCGGGAUGACCUGUUCGGGUUCAUGGCUUGUUGUGUUAAGAUUCGAUGGCCUUGGAAUGAGACGAUUCUUGAACGGAAUGAACAGAACGAGUUGUGUAUUAAAAAGGCGUUUUAUGAGAUGUUCAUGACUGAAAGUGGGUGGGGGCUUACGCCGGACUUUAUUAGACGGUAUCCUGAUCUUGUGGAGGGGAUGGAUAUCAAUCAAAUUGUGAUUGAACUUUUCUAA